AUGGAUACCGAUACAUUGAUCCCAGAUGAUAACUUCACACAGAAGAAGACGACUACAAUGAUGAACACAUCAGCAUCUGGAAUUGCUCAUGUCACCAAUGAGGUCCAACAUCCAACAGAGGCAGAGGAGGAGAUCACCAUUUAUGAGCAACUGGCGAGUGUGAUUAGAGAGUUGGUAGAUGAUGAGUUUGAUAACAACCUAACAUUCAAGUCAAUGACUGGAGGUGUCACCAACACACUUUUCAAAUGUACAUACAACAAUAGCCAUCAGGAGAAGAAGAAUAUCAUUAUUCGACUUUAUGGCAAGGGAACUGAGAACUUUAUUGAUAGAAAGUCAGAGUCUUAUAUCCAAUAUCUGCUCAGUGGAAAUGGUGUCGGACCAAAGUUCUAUGGCACCUUCAAGAAUGGCUGCAUCUAUGGUUUUGUUGAGGGCGACCAGUUGGAGCUCACAGAUCUUGCCAAUCCACAUAUUCUUAAUCUGAUUGCUCAGGAGUCGAGGACAUGGCAUUCACUUACACUUGAUCUUAAGAAGCAGCCAUCAUUGACCAACUACCUAAACUCAUGGGUUAGCAAUGUACAGACUCUACUAAAGACUGAGAAGGUCAACAUCGAUGUAGACUAUUACAUUAAGGAGACUGAGGCCUUUAAGCAAUUCAUCAAGACCAAAUACAGCCACCCCAGACAUGUUGUAUUCUGUCACAAUGAUCUUAUUCCAAGGAAUAUGAUCUAUAACUCUGGAAAUGACGUUGUAAAGUACAUUGACUUUGAAUACUCUGGAUAUAAUUAUCGUGGCUUUGACAUUGGUAACUUCUUCUGUGAGUUCUCUGGUUUGGAUCUGGACUACACAAAGUACCCAUCCGUCCAGACACAGAAGGAGUUCCUUAGAUACUACCUCGCUGCCAACGGUGAUCCAGUCACCGAGGAGGAGGUCCACGAGCUGUACAUAGAGGCCAAUCACUUCACAUUGGGCUCCCACUUGAUGUGGGGAUUCUGGGGCAUUGUCCAGAACUUUAACUCAACCAUCGACUUUGAUUACAUUGGCUACGCAUUGAAGAGAUUCCAGCAGUAUGACCUGGUAAAGAAGAAGGUAUACAAUCUCCAAUAA